CGGACGAAAAAGGAAAGUGGAAAGUUUUUUUAUGGACGGAGAGAGUAUUAAAAAUGGAAAGAUCUAAAAAAAUUGAGAAAAAUGAACUUUUGUGCAUUUCUCUCGGUAAUGUUCUUGCUUCAUUCAUAUCUCCGUAGUUGUGUCCGUGAGACUUUGACUGUCUAGUCUCUCCAUGGCCGCUUGCUCAUAUCCAUCCCUCUCGUGGUGCUCUGCAUCUGUUCCAAUUUCGUCAUCCGCCUCCCGAUACUCUUCGUGUCUGUACCCGGUUAAUGCUCAAUCGCAUCAUAUAAAUUCACAAUCAGGUUGCGCAAGGGUCCAUGCCAAGUUUGAGAAGUUCCAAGGACAAGAAAAUCGCGAUCAGGACUUCGCUGAGCAAAAUUCCUUAGUCUCACAAUCGCAUCCAAGUCCAGACGAAGAAGACGAAGACGACAGUUGCUUACCUAGUGGUUUGGAAGGUGCCAUUCAACAGUCUGCACAUGCAAGCACAACUUUUGUGUCUUCUGGGGGAAUGAGGGCCAUAGUUGAGCUUCUAAUACCUCAGUUGCAAUUUCUUGAUGAUGCGGGUGCACAAGCUGAACUCUGGGAACUAUCUAGGAAGUUUUUGAUAACAUUAGCCGAAGAAACAGGAAACCAGAGAGUUAAAGCCAUAUUUCCAGAUGCUGGAGCAACUGCACUCCUGAAACAUCAGUGGCAAGAUUCUGCUUUUGGUUUUUCGAGUCUUGGUGACCGGAAUCCAGUUGACAAAGAAGAUAAAAUUGUUGUCAUGGUUGUUCCUGAUUAUCAGAUGUUGGGAUAUGUUGAAAGAAUUGCCUCUAAUCUGUCAGAUGAUUUGCCUAGGCCUCUAAUCAUGUGGAAUCCACGCCUUGUUAGCCAAGAUGUUGGUGUUGGUAUCAAUGUGCGCAGAUUGAGGCGCAACUUCUUAAGCACCUUCACAGUUGUUUACUCAAUGAGACCUCUUCCAUCUGGAGCUGUCUUUAGAUGUUAUCCAGGAUUGUGGAAGGUGUUCUAUGAUGAUAAGUUUCGGCCAAACCGUUAUCUCCUUGCCAAGGAACAGAUUAGAUGCCCCACUUCUGAUGAACUUGAGAUAAUAUUUGGAGAUGUAGAUGAUAAGCAAGAGAAGGGUACAUCUCUCUUAGAUCAAGCAGCUGGAUUAGUGUCUUCCAUUACCGGUUUCUUGAAAGUCAUUUCAAGAUAAGUUAGUUUUAUCAAGCAGCCGGAAUCUUGUUUUCCUCAUACUAGAGCCAUACUUGCAUAGCAUUUUAAUUUUUAUAUCGUUCAAUUUAUCUAUAUAUAUAUAUAAUAGUCCUCUUUUACUUGUUGGAAAAUCCUGGAAACAAUUCCUCUUUCUACUUGUGAAAAUAUUUUUGUGGCUCAUAUCUUUUCACUCAUUUGCAUAACUUCCAACCAUACAAAUUUAUUUUUCUUAAACAUUGUGGCGAACAAAAUAUGGACUAUUAAUUUGUAUUCUCCCAAAGAAUAGUCACUCGAGUAGAGUAGUCUCCUAGGACAAUCGGAACCUCAACAAGGGAGCCCUUUAGAGAGAAAGUGGUGUCAAUGACCUCUCUGUUGAUCCCAGUAGAUGUGUGAGUUCUAAGUAAUUGAUACCCAAUUGUCGAACCAACAUUCAAAACUAGUUGUGUGCGUUUGAGCGGAGUAGACUACUCCACUCCCAUUCUUAUCUAUCACCUGAGACAUGAUUGACGUGAAUAUCCACACCUUGACAAAUGAGGUGGGUCAAAACUUGCUUCGAUUCCAUGAUAUAAUUUCUAGAAUGGGACAGGGAUCGCUGAAUUGGGCCAUAAAAUACUUGGAUUCAA